ACAAUCGCACUCACGACUCAACAGCUUGUUGUAUAACACAAUUUUCUUUAAAUAAAUGCUGUAGCUGUGGCAUAUAAUACAAUAAUUGCAUGUGCAAUUGCUUCUCUGUUAAGUAGGCUAUAUUCUUGCAGGUCCUGUCUUCUCUUCCUCUACAACAGGACACUUUGCAGCUCAAUUUCUACAGAGCUGCAGCCUGCAGCUCGAGGUGCAGUGUUCAGCAUAUGCGCAUGGGAAGAUGAUGAACAUGAUCAGCAGCAACAGGGGAAGUGGUGCUGAGCUCUAUCCAAAUUCAACCAUAGGGAAAUCCAACAAGUGCUCCAAGAUGAACCUGGAAAUGAGUGCCUCCGAUCCAGAUGUUUGGGGCAGGAGCCAAGCCCAAGCUCUGAACAUGAACCACUAUGCCAAUAAGAAGAGUGCAGCUGAGAGCAUGCUGGAUGUGGCUCUACUGAUGGCCAACGCUUCCCAGCUAAAGGCUGUCCUGGAGCAGGGGCCAGACUUCUCCUUUUACACCCCCAUCGUCACCCUAAUCAGCAUCUCCCUUUGUCUGCAGGUCACAGUCGGGGUCCUGCUUAUCUUCAUAGUUCGAUGGAACCUAAAUGAUGAGCAAAAGCACUGGAGGCUGAACGUUAUGGAGAACUUGGCCACGGGCCUGGUUUUUAUGAUAGUGGUCGUCAAUGUCUUCAUCACAGCCUUUGGAGUCCACAGGCCGAACCGCAGCGACUGAGCAAGAACACACACAUACAGAGAAGACAGAGGCGGAAAAGUGCUGCUCAGUGACACAAAUCUCCUGAGAUGAGACACCUGAGCUCUCCUCCAGAGCUGUACUGUAUAUACCGUCUUUAAUGUAGCCGUUUUCCUAUAGAUUUGAACAAACAAGGGCUUCAAGUGAGCAUGAAAUGCAUCCACCCUGCACACAAGUCUUAUUGAGCAGUCACCAGCAUUUAAUGUAGUAUUUAAUUAAGUUGACUUUAUCCAUUCAGUCAAUUUGAUUGUCAUUAUUAAUUAAUGCCGCCUGUCUGUUGCCUUCAGUGUUGUCAUUGUAAUAGCACACAAGAACAUUUUCCAGCAUCCUUGUUUCCCACUUUGGUUCACUGAAUGAGGGAGCAGCACCCUCUAGUGUAUUUAUUUAUGCAGUUCAAUCAGUGAGAUAAAUGUUUUAUCGUCAUCUCCAUUUCAGGUUAAAAAGAAACAAAACAGUGCCAGACACAAACCUAUAAACCAUACUGCUCAUUACUGGGAAUUUUCUUGUUA